AGUCCGUGGAGCCGGAGCUCGGCUCUUUGUUCUUCUGGUGACUGGAAGCUCUGCUUUCUGAAGACUCUGCUCUUUCCCAAGAAAGGAGUCUAGAGGAAGAAGAAGUAAUGACUUCUGAGUUUCUGACAGCCAGGAUGCAGGAAUCAGUGACAUUCAAGGAUGUGGCUGUGGACUUCACCCAGGAGGAGUGGAAGCAGCUAGACCCCGCACAGAGGGACUUAUACAGGGAUGUGAUGUUGGAGAAUUACAGAAAUUUGGUCUCGCUGGGACUUCCAGUUUUUAAACCUGAAGUGAUCUCCCAGCUGGAGAGAGGAGAAGCCCCAUGGACUCCAGAACUCCCAAGAAGCACUUGUUCAGGUUCUUUUAGUCAGGAGACUAAGUGGGAAAACAAAGACUCAACUCCAAAGCCUGGGUUUUGUAUGGGAGAGACAUCUAAGGAACUUCAACUCUCACAAGAUGGGUACUGGGAUUUCAAGUUGGGAUCAUCUUGGGAAUAUGAUGUUAGGUUAGAAAGGGAUACAGACAACCAAGAAAGACCAUCUAGGCAAGUGAUAUUCAUCCCCAGAAAACCUUCUGGCAAGGUGAAUAUUAAUGAAGGUAAUACAUAUGGUUUCAGUCUGGGGUCAAUUCUUGAUCCACAACAGCUGUUCGCUACAGGAAAAAGUCUUCAUCAAUGUGAUAUGCUUGAAAAAAGCUUCAAACAGUUUUCAGAGCUAAUUAAGUGGAAUAGAAUUUCCUUAGGGAAGAAGCUUUUUAAGUAUAAUAAAUGUAGGAAGCCCACCAGUUACCAUUUAGACUUGGUUCAGUAUGAUGGAAUACCUAUUGGAGAGAAACUUUAUGAAUGUAAUGAAUGUGGGAAGGCCUUCAACUGGAUUACACACCUUACUGAACAUCAGAGAAUCCAUACUGUAGAGAAGCCCUAUAAAUGUAAUGAAUGUGGGAAAGCGUUCAGCAAACACUCCUACCUUAAUCAACAUCAGAAUGUUCAUACUGGAAAGAAACCUCAUAAAUGUAACGAAUGUGGGAAAAACUUCAGCCAGAGGGGACACCUCACUGAACAUCAGAGAAUUCAUUCUGGAGAGAAACCUUAUAAGUGUAAUGAAUGUGGGAAGGCCUUUGGCCAGAAGGCACAUCUUACUGAGCAUCUGAGAAUUCAUACUGGUGAGAAACCCUAUCAGUGCAGUCAAUGUAGAAAAGCUUUUAGCCAGAACUCAUCUCUCAUUCUGCAUCGGAGAAUUCACACUGGAGAGAGACCUUUUGAGUGUAAUGAAUGUGGAAAAGCCUUCAGCCAGAAGGGACAUCUUACACAACAUAGGAGAAUCCACACUGGAGAGAAACUCUUUGAAUGCAAUGAAUGUGGGAAAUCUUUCAGCCAUGGGUCAUCCUUUACUUAUCAUCAGAGAAUUCAUACUGGUGAGAAACCAUAUGAAUGUAAUGAGUGUGGGAAAGCCUUUAGCCAGAAUUCAUCCCUUACUCUACAUUAUAGAAUUCAUACUGGAGAGAAACCCUUUGAAUGUAAUGAAUGUGGAAAAGCCUUUAGGCAGAGGGGAAAUCUUACUGAACAUAUGAGAACUCAUAUGGGAGGAAAAUCCCUUUAGUGUUCUGAGUGUGAGAAAGCCUUCCGCCACAGAGGUGAUACCUUAUUGAGCUCUGGAGAAUUCAUGCCUGUGAAGAACCUCAGUGAAACGAUUAAGGGAGGGUCAUCACAUCAGCCGUCAGUCCAUUUGAAACAUCAGAUAACUCAUACUGAAGAGGGUGCCCUGUGAAUGUUUUGACCAUGGGAAAGCCUUUAGAAUCAUGCAUCAGAGACUUCAUGCUGGAGCUUAACUCCGUGUAGAGAUGCUAUAAGGAAAACAUUAUGAAGACUUAACACCUGUUCAGUAGGGUAUCGGUAUUGGACCUGUGAUUUCAUUGGUCUGAGGAGCUGAGUGAGAACACUCCUCUACUGAUGCAAGUCAGCACCUCCUCUGCAACUUGCAGUCUUUGCUGAUUUCCUUGGGCAGUGGAAGGUUAGGUGACUUGCCUGGGGUCACAAAGCCAGUAUGUAUCUGGGGUCUUCCUGGCUUCAGGGCCACAUUCAACUAUACACUAGACCACACAGGGAGGGUAAAGAUUUCAUAGUUCAUCAUUUGUAUGUGUUUGUCAUCUGAAGAGAAAGAUAAACCUGUCUUUUCUUGUCUCGCUGUCUUCUGUUAGCCACAUUAGUUGACAUCAGGUGGCUGCAGAGUGAUCUAUGGAGAAUACAUUGUGUAUGCUGAUUUAAGUGCUGCAGUCAUGCCUAAACUAUUAUAAUAUUCUUUAGUAGCCUGGUUAAACUUUAAUAACUUGCUAGAACAAAAGAAGAAGAACCUAAGGUGGCUUUCUUGCUUGAGGGUGUGUUUUUGUAUGUGGAUGUAUGUGUGGGUGUCGUCGUAUGUGUGCACAUUUGUGUUUGUAUGUAUGUGGGUGGAGAAGUUGCUAGAGACUGCUUAAAUGAGAGUCCUUCCAAAAUGAAAACAUAUUCUUCCUGGGCCUAGAAGGGUCCGGUUUAAGCCUGUUGUCCUGCCUAGAAGCAUCUAGUGUCAGAACUGGAAAGGCCUUUAAAUUAGAUCACUGUUACCUGUAGCAACUAAGAAUAGGGCUGAGAACAAGGAAGGGGGUCUUAUAUUCUACUUCCUAAAGCUAGAAGAGGUGGAAGUUUCAAUGAGAAACCAGUGUGAGAGAGAAUCUGUGAGCUUUAAGCACAACUGACUGAGAAUGGGAUCUGUGUUUAGGAGUUAUUGCAAUGACCCUGGGUCUACAGUUAAUCUGUGGUAUGUUCAAGACCAUUCUAAAGAUAUCAAGGUAUAGACAGAUUAUUAGGCUCAGUUUUUGGUGAGCACAGGACUUUCAUUAGUCACCUGUACACCUGGUUCUGAUACCUCAUAGGCCUCAGUGGGCUUACAAAUCUGUAGCAGAAGCAAAGCCUUGUUACAUAAUUCUAUCAUGCUACCUACUUGCCCUCCCUCUGAUAUUUCCUUAAGUUCCUCCCUAACUCCAGUCCGUAUUCUGCCCACCCACCCAGUUCCAUGUGCCCCGUGUGCACUUUUGGUCUGUCCUCUAAUAAAGCACAACGUCUUGACCUUAGAAGAGGUCCCCUAGGACCAAAUAAUACCUUUGCUCCAGUUUCCCCUCUUUUUUCUUAUACACCCAAUAACCAUAGUAAUAAGACAACUAACCGAUGUUAAUGUAGUACUAUAAAGUGUUCAAAGAGCUUUGCACACAUCAUCUCAUCUGAGCCUCACAACACCACCACGAUGGCAGGCUCUCUCCCAGUAGGUAUGUCCCCAACCCCUAAGCAGUAAUCAGAACACAAAAAAAGCUAUCACAUUACCCCUUUUGGGUUUACAACUCCAUAACAGAGCAAGCCAGGAGCAGCAGACAGAACAAUCCUUGACCUAACUUAGGAUCUGUUGAACAAUGUGAAAAGUGUUGCCCAGUAAAUAUUGCAGUAUUUUUCCCCCACAGCUUUCUCUAUCCAUGUCUGGUUUGGUCUUUAGGUAAAUUUUAGUAGUCCCCAAGGGUUCCAUCCAGUUCUACACAUGAUUUCAGUAGGAAUGUAGAUUGAAUAGCAUCCCUCUAGACCACUUGGUGCCAAUGGGAAGAGUUCAGGCAUGGAAUGAAGUAAACAGGAAUAGUAUUUGUUAUUAAGCUGAUGGGCUACCCUUUGUGAAGAGUCUAGUUCCCCAGAGUGUCCAGAAAUGGAGCCCUUUGGAUGAUAAUGUUACUCACUUUUAUCCUUAGCACUGGAUUUGAAGUCAGAGGUCUUCUUUGAAUCUCACCCCUGCUAUUUAUAACCUGACCUUGGGCAAGAUACUUAACCUCAGUGGGCCUCAGCUUCCUCAAAUGAUCAAAAUGAUCCACUUGUUUCGGCCUUUUCCACUUGUUCCACAUGUUUUGGCAGUGUUCCUUGGUGUUGUGUAGCCUGAGGUCAUGCACAGUGCAAAGUGCACAUGCCUUGUGUUCAGAACCAAAGCUGCAGUGAAGUUACACCAUGCAACAUGGUGCAACUGUGUAAACUAUAUGUUUACACCUCAGAUUCAUUAUGAGUUUGAUUUUUAAUUAAUUUUUGUGGUUUUGCAUUCAAAAACCUUUUACUGUUGCCAAAUUUUUCAAGACCCCUUAUGGGAUCAUGACCCACAGUUUAAGAAGUGCUGGCACAGGUGAUUUCUAAACUCCCUUCCAACUUGAAAUCCAUGAUUUCAUAUAAGCUUUUCCCUUUUAUUCUACCAGCCCCUCAGGUCAGUGGGAGGAUAGAAAGGCAUUGGGGUGGCUCUCUCUCAGCAGAUUUCAGCAUAAGUCCUUGGAGGGGAAGGAUCCUAAGUGCGCUGUUACUAUAUGUCUUUUGUGUCUUCAUGGCAUGCUUCCACCAGCUCAAGUCAAUGUGUUUUGACUGAGACUCAAUAGGCUCAUGUCUGCCUACCUGAGGACCCUUGGGGAAUCUUCCUCAAGCUUCACCACUAUAUGGUCCUCACCCUUCCAUCAUACGGAUACAUUAUACCUAAGACAAGAUCUCAUCCAUUGUUAUCCAUCUUCUCUGUCUGCCUGGAGAUGCUACCCCCUCACUUGAUAAUACAUUUUCCCUGCUUUUUUGACUUCUUAAUCUCUGCUUUUUCUCUUUGUCAUCAUUCAUACCUAUAUAUUUUCCACUUACUAGUCCUGAUUCCACUGGGCUUCUUCAUUAUUGUUUUCCUUCUUUUCCUUCACAUUUAGUUCAUAACUUCUGCAAUUUUUCUUUUUCUUUAGAUUUGGGAGAAAUGACUACCCUGACUAUACUAUCUUCAUCAAGAUAGUGGCCACUCUAAUUUUAUUUCUACUUCUUCUUUGGCUUAUAAUUCCUCCACCUCCACCUGAAACAACCACUUCAGCUCCUUCAGCUGCCAUUACAAUUCAUCCAGCCCCCUUUCCCCAGCAUACAUAUUCUCAGGCUGUCAAGGAGAGGAGGUCUGACUUCCUCCUGCCAAUCCUUGGCACAAGCCUUUCUCUGCUGCAACCAAGUUGGGGUGAUGGGCUUGAUGAAGGUUUCUUCAUAUCAACAUUCUAUUUAGACCUCUGUGAUUGAUGUGUAUUUUCCAAGCUCCUGCCUACUUGGUUGGUAAUUCCCCUGCAUUAUGGUUAGCCAAGUCCAAUUUCCAGCUCUGUUAAUUGCUGUCAUUCAGAACCACCACAUUACCUAGUAGAAAUCUCUUUCCCCCGAUACCAUUUCCUGACACCUCUUUCCUUUCUAGAUCAACCCCCAACCCCCACCCCUAUGUCUAGCCAUUUCUGUCUUUCCUCUUUACUAUAUAUACCCUUUGGAACAUCUGCCAUUGGUAACCCAGUGCCAUUUGACCUGUAUCUCUUAUACACACCUCCCAGUAACUGAAAUAUGGCUUUGUCCCAUAUACACUAUCUUUUGCCAACCUUUCUAAUCUUGUAUACUCCUCUUUGUGCUCCACUGCUCCUCACCAACCCCCCCGCCAACUCGUAGGACUUUGAGGAAUGGUUGGCAUGUGAUGCUACCACUGGAUUCACUUUUCUACCACCAUUCGGUCUUUCUUUUUGAACUUUAUUAGAUCCAGUUGUAUGACUACCUUGUUCAUUAUUGCUGCUAUCUAUAGAUCUCACUUCCACAGCAUCUUCCCACUCCUAUCAAUCAAUCAGUAAGCCUUAGUAAGUGCCUCCUAUGUGCCAGGCACUGUGCUAAGUUCUAGGUAUACAAAGAAUAUUGAAAGUCAGUUCCUGCUCUCGAGGAGCUCACAGUCUAAUGAAGAUGACAACAUGAACAUAACUAUGUGCAAACAAGGAUAAAUCAGAGAUAACCAGAGGGAAGGCACUAGCAUAGGGAGAUCAAGAAAGGCUUCUUAUGGAAGGUGAGAUUUUAGCUGAGACUUGAAAGGAGUUAGGCAAAUGAGAAGGUGAGAUAAGGGAGAGUAAUCCAGACAUUGAGGACAGUCAGUGAAGAUGCCUGGAGUCCACUCCAGACUCUUCUCAUUCUAUUCUCAUAAUAUCUUAUACCUUUCCCCUCUAUUCAUAUUGCCGCUAUUAUGAGACUCUCUUCACCCCUUGCCUGGACUACUGUAAUUAGCCUUCUAUCUGGUCUCUGUUUGUGGUCUAAUGUCUUCCUAAUCCAUCCUAUAUGCAACUGCUUUGACCUUUCUCAUGCACAAGUCUGACCAUAACAGUGUCUUGGGCAAAAACCAUCAUUGGCUUUCAUUAUCUAUACAAGAUUCAAAAUUCAGAUUUUUCACCCUCUUCAGUCUGACUCCGGCUCCAUUUCCGGACAUAUUUCAUGCUACUUGCCUUUGCAUAAUAUGUUAUCACCAGAUUGUUCUACUGAACAAAUCUUGCUGUCCUUUCACACCUCUAAACAUUUCUGUAGACUUCUCUGCAUGCCUGAAAUGCCCUCCGUAUCCCUUACUUUUGAAAUUGCCUCUUCUUUAAAAGCUUAGAUCAGGUACUACCUCCUUCGUCAAAGCUUCUCUAAUCUACCGCAUCGAAAAUGUCCUCUUAGCCCUCUGCCUAGAUCCUGCCUUUGCCCUCACCACAUUCUCCCUUGUAUAUUUAUUAAUAUACAUGUUGUCCUACUCCCUUUAGAUUGUAAAUUUGUUGCAUGCUGUUUUUCCAUUUUUGGAUUCUCAGUUUCUCGCACAAAGCUUUGUACAGACACUUAAUAAAUUGCUCUUGAAUUCAAUU